AUGGCAUCAGAGAAGAUUUGUUUAAUGAAUAUUAGUACCAGCUUUUUACAGGUAAACAAAACCGAAAGUUCAAUAGAUGUUGAAAACUUGGGUGUUUCACAAAUUGGUCCAAGACUUCUCAAUGAAAUCUUUGAUGCCAAAAUCACAGGAUUCAGCGGAGAAUUUGUGUUAGUUAAUGGGAAGUUACAACAAUCCACCUUUGAAGUGUUCAAUAUGAUUGGACAAGAACAGAAUGUUGUAGGAUACUGGACUCAAGACAAAGGUUUAUCCCGAAAUUUGGGUUCGACUAAACGAUCAACUCUCUCGAAUUCAAGUAAGUUGAAAAAUAUCAUAUGGCCUGGACACUCCAUAAAAAUACCAAAAGGUUGGAACAUACCCAAAUUGAAAGUAGGGAUCCCAAAGCAUGAGGGUUUUACUCAAUUUGUGGAGAUUCAAAGGAAUCCUUAUACAAAUGAGACAAAAUGCACAGGGUUCUCAUGUGAUGUUUUCUUAGCUACAUUAGAUGCAUUAGAUUUCGAGGUUCCUUGCGAAUUUGUCCCAUUCAUGAAUGCUGAAGGAAGGAGUGCUGGAACUUACGAUGAACUUCUUUACCAAAUUGAGGACAAGAAAGUGGAUAUUGUGGUGGGAGAUACCACAAUCGUUGCCAAUCGAACAUCAUAUGUUGAUUUUACAUUGCCAUAUUCGGAGUCAGGUGUGACCAUGCUUGUACCAAUUAAGCGUGAUAAACGCAAAAAUAUGUGGAUUUUCUUACGACCAUGGAGCUGGGUUCUUUGGUUGGCUGUCGUUAUGUAUUCUAUCUUUACUGGGAUUGCCAUACGAAUCAUUGAACAUGGCACGCCAAACACAGAAUUUCAAGGAUCAACUACACGUCAAGUCGGCUUGUCCAAGCUUGUGCCAUAUCACACCAUCCAAGAGUAUCAUAAUGCUUUGUCUAAAGGGAGUGAGAAUGGCGGAGUUGCAGCUAUCUUCGACGAAAUCCCCUACGUUAGAGUCUUCCUUGCCAAAUAUGGUUCUGAAUACAUGAUGUCUGGACCAACAUACAAGACUGAUGGAUUUGGCUUUGCAUUUCCGCUAGAAUCUCGACUGGUCUCUUAUUUUUCUACAGCGAUCUUACGUGUGAGGGAAAAUAAAACACUGGAUGAUAUUGAGAAGAGAUAUUUUGCGCAUGAACUUACUUCUCAAAGUGAUAAUGCUGAUCCAAUUGCUACUAGUAGUCCCAGCCUUGAUGUUUAUAGCUUUGGAGGUCUCUUCAUCAUCACAGGGGUCGCUACCCUAUUUGCCCUUUUCAUAUCACAAAGCUGGCUUUGGCAAAAGCCUGUUGCAAUGGCGAAAGAUUAUACACAAAAAUACCUUGCAUCUCAUUCACCAAAUAAUACAGAAGAAAUUGUCAUUCAAUCAACAACUGGGAAUGAGAUGAACGUCACUGAACAAUCCUCAGUACCGGAAGUUGAGAGUACUUCUGAGAACCCUCCUAGAAUGUCCAACCUGCAGAUUGAUGAAAAUGUUUCUGCAGAACAAGCUAAGUAA